UAGUGAUCCAGAUUUUACGUUUUGUAUCUUGCGGUAAUGCAUAAAACCGAUAAAAGUGAGAAAUCCUACGUAUUUACUUUGGCGACUUAAUUUAAACCAAAAGGGUUGCAUGGACUUGUGAAUGAAAACGCACGUUUGCGGCAUCUUAAAGUUUGACAUGGCACAUCUGCUGCUGGACGGCCGGCAACCUGUAUAGAAGAUGGACCGUUUUUCGACACCUGGAACAUUGGAUCCAAGUCACUCGUCUACAAUGCAGCAGCCUUCUCAGGUAUUUCGGUGGCUAGGGCGUUUCGCUCCAGCUUUUUGUUUAAAUGGAAACCAGGUCUCCAUUAUAACGGAGCCUGCGGCCUAUUAUGAAUUUCUGGAAUCUUCUAUGAAAACCUUCACACGACGAGCCGUAUUGUCAGCGCUUUAUUUGGGAACGGGACGACUGGAACAAAACCUGGUCUCUGCACUUCAGAAUCGUUGCUCAGAAUUGAAAAAGAGCGCAACUCCGUUUAAUGUCCAUUUUCUCCUGGAUUAUCAGCGUGGAUCUCGGGGCUCGAAGAAUUCGCGGACGAUAUUGCUGCCGUUACUGCAAGAGAAUGCUGAGCGCGUCAAACUCUCCCUUUUUCACACUCCAAAUCUGCGUGGAAUUUGGAAAACACAUGUUCCGGAGAGAUGGAACGAAAUAGUCGGACUCUUGCAUAUGAAAGUGUGCGUUUUCGAUGAUAAUGUUCUCAUUACGGGAGCGAAUUUAAGCGAUCAGUAUUUUACGAACCGACAAGAUCGUUAUGUGCUCAUUAAAAAUGUUCCCGAAUUAGCCAAUUUUUUCGAAGAACUCGUCCAAGGGGUGGCAGGCGCAUCAUUCACUGUCAAUGCUCAAGAUGAAGUGGGGUUGUCAUCCGAUACUGCUGCUCAUCCAUAUUUAGGAUCGAAGGAAGAUUUUAUCGAGCAUGCCAAAGACAGCGUGCGCCGUGCAUAUUCCAUGUACCCUCCCACGCAACGAUUCGCUGCGGGACCGGAUGUUAGUAUAGACAAUGCCGACACGUGGAUUUAUCCGCUAGUGCAAAUGAAACACUUUGACGUGCUGAAAGAUGAGAAGGCGACGGAAGAAAUCCUGUCUUCAGUACCGGAAGACACGCAUAUUCACCUGGCGUCGGGUUAUUUCAAUUUAACCAGAUCCUACAGGAGAUUAAUUCUGACGCAGCCACAGGCACAUUACAGCAUUCUUAUGGCAUCGCCGCAAACUAACGGGUUUUUCGGUGCCGAAGGCGCAUCGAGCGCAGUUCCGGCUAUGUAUGUCCAGAUUGCAAAAACCUUCUUCAAACAUAUUCAGCGGCAUGCCCAGCAACAUAGAGUGAAGCUGUACGAAUACUACAGAGAUGGCUGGACAUACCACGUUAAAGGCCUUUGGGCAACUCUCCCAGGUCAACAGAAUCCGGCUCUUACUCUCGUGGGAUCGCCAAACUUUGGGUAUCGGUCAGUCAAUCGCGAUAUUGAGGCUCAGAUAGCUGUUGUGACGGAGAAUGCGGACCUUCAGAAGCGGCUGGCUGAAGAAAGAGAUCGGUUAUUUCAUGAUGGACGGUAUAUAACAGAUGAAACUUUUGAAAGCGAGCAUCAUCAGGUACCAUGGAGUGUACGAUUAAGUUGGAGAUGGAUUAAAAAUUUUUUUUGACUGCGGUCGUGUGGCAAAUGUUUUUUUAGAAAUGCGUUGUGAUCACUUCUCGGUGGUUUUUUACGUUGAACGAUUAAAGUUCCGUUUUACCAUUGUUACCAUGAGGUUUUAUAGUUUAAACCUUUUACCUGCGUGCUUUAAAAACUAAAUUCAAGAAUUGAAUGAACUGUUUGCUGGAAUGGCAUUUGUUUCGAUGAUUUGUGUAAAUUUGCGUAUUGACCCUGUAGGUUUUAUUGGAGCUUUCUUUUACUAUGGCAUCAUUUGACGUUUAAUUUUCUUCAACUAAACCACAACAUUUGAUAGGCUAAUCGACUCUGGUUAGACUG